AUGGCCAUUGCUGGGUGGACAGCGUUGGCAGUCUUUGGAUUCGCCUUCCAAUGCCAAACGCCACGGUGGCAGUAUUUUCCUAGUCGCUGCCUUGGAGAGGGAGCCAUCAUGUAUCCGAUUGUGGCUAUCAACAUGUUAGUCGACCUAGCGCUUGUGGCUCUACCAACAGUCAUGCUCUGGAACGUCCAAAUGCCAUUGGCUCGUCGCGUUAAGCUGAUUGCAACAUUUGCGUCUCGCAUUGUAGUGAUGAUGAACGCCGCCAUUAUCACAACGUGUAUCCCCAACUUGUACCGUGUCAUGAAUAGCCUGGCCCUCAGAAUGAACAGAGUCCAAAUCCCUGAGGAGUUAGAGCUGAGCUCAUCGAAGAAGUCUCAUGGGGCAGAGUCUGGUUCCCACGAUGUUGCUUCUUCGGGACCCAGCUUCCAGGCCGGAAAAGGUGUGCUCAAGGUCCUCUGCUACCCCCGAGAUGCCGGUACGAGAGAAGAUAGUAAAUGUGUGCAGUGUGCCACUGUUUAUGCCGGUGACCACGAUGGGGCUGAAAGCACUGAAAGUAUCAUUGCAUCACAUGAUACAGCCUCGGAUCAUUUGGGUAUAAUGGCGCCAUGGGGACUUACCACCUUGGCUCUCCUCACUACAACAAUCAGCAUUCUCAUCAAACCUACCGGACACCCUUCACUUCUUGAAAAUGUAAAGCGCAACGUACUCAUGUUUUCUCCAUCCCAGUCGGCGAUCCUGGUCGUAUUAUUGCUCCUUGAUUUAAUUGGCUGGAGACUCUUGAGCCUCGCUGAUAUACACGCUGGCUUAAUGAUUCUGAACCAUUAUUAUUUCACAUCAGGCCCGUCUGGUCUCGAGCACAAAGUGUGGUGGCGUUUCACGCGGCGCGCGUUUCUCAUGGUAGGAACAGUGCCGCUGUACGUGAUUCUGCUAAGGUCCGAGCAGUCGCCAUGGAUCAAGGUCAUCGUGACCCCAUUGGUCGCUGAUUCGAUGUUGGCCGAACUGUUAUCUUUACACUGGGACGCUUCGGAUGAAGACUUGAUCUAUAAUCGAGACUGGCCUCGUAAUACGCUCGUUGUGAAGCCUGCUAACCCGCCCACUCGCAACCAUCACGAGAACCGGGAAGGUGCAGAUGAAAAGAAGAAGACAAAUGAGAACAGAGAUACGUCGUCAUCUGUCACCACAGAGAAUCUCUGCGAGCGGGUAUACGGGCUCUGGUCGCCAGUAGCCGAGGCAGAUGACAAGCAGGAUCCACGAUCCUUGCCUCCGAAUGAUGCCAACUUAGAAAAGAUUUUCUCUCCCACGUACCAAGCCCCGGGGUACAAGUGUAGGCACUGGCGAUGUCUCAUCUAUCGAGUAAAAUACCUCGCCACUCGAAUUGUCCGUUGGCCACUGUUAUUUGGAGACCUGGCGUUGAUCACCUGGCUGCUGCACCGCGACCUGCAGCCCGUGACGCUCCUAGUGGCGGAUGCCUUGCUAGACAUCCGCCUGUUAAAGGAUCUGCUCACCCUGUCGUACUAUGCAUGCAUUUUUUCGUCGGAUGCAUCUCUGUUGUGGUCGCUGUGA